GAAGAGGCCUCGCGCCGAGGAGGGAGCAAUUGAAUUUCAAACACAAACAACUGCACGAGCGCGCACCGCUGCGCCGAGCGUCGUCGGACCCGCGCCCGCCCCGUCCGAGCGGCGCGCGGGUGGAGACCGUGGCCGCGCCAGAGCUCGGGCCGGGGGCAGCCAUCGAGGCGGGGGCCGCGCGCGGGCCGGAGCGGAGCGGCGCCGCCACCGCUACCGCCGCGCGCCCAAACUUGGGCUCACGCUUCCCGGCCCGGCGCGGAGCCCGGGGAGCCCGGAGCCUCGCCAUGUCGCGAUCCAACCGGCAGAAGGAGUACAAAUGUGGAGACCUGGUGUUCGCCAAGAUGAAGGGCUACCCGCACUGGCCGGCCCGGAUUGAUGAGAUGCCCGAGGCUACCAUGAAAUCCACAGCCAACAAGUACCAAGUCUUUUUCUUUGGGACCCACGAGACGGCAUUCCUGGGCCCCAAAGACCUCUUCCCUUACGAGGAGUCCAAGGAGAAGUUUGGCAAGCCUAACAAGCGGAAAGGGUUCAGCGAGGGGCUAUGGGAGAUCGAGAACAACCCCACUGUCAAGGCCUCUGGCUACCAGGUGAGCUGCCGUCUACCCCUGAGGCCCCUGGACAGCAGAUGUGGCCAUGGGCUCCGAGAGCCCGGCCCCAGCCCUCCCCCCUCCUGCACAGAGCCCUGCCUGCCCGGCCAGUGGGUUUCCCCGGGGGCUAAUCCGACAGAGCCCUCUCAGAAAAAGAGCUGCUUGCCAGAGCCAGAGCCAGAGCCUGAAGCGACAGAGGGAGACGGUGACAAGAAGGGGAAUGCGGAGGGUAGCAGCGAUGAGGAGGGGAAGCUGGUCAUCGAUGAGCCGGCCAAGGAGAAGAACGAGAAGGGGUCCCUGAAGAGGAGAGCAGGCGACCUGCUGGAGGACUCCCCUAAACGUCCCAAGGAGGCAGAAGACCCGGAAGGGGAGGAGAAGGAGGCAGCCACCCUGGAGGGUGAGAGGCCGGUCUCCACAGAGGGGGAGAAGAACAGCACCCCCUCGGAGCCCAUCUCUGGCCGAGGCCUUCCUCACAAGGAGGAGGAAGAAGAGGAGGAGGAGGAGGAGGAGGAAGAGGAGGAGGAGAAGGAGGAGAAGGCGGCGGCAGCCAAGGAGGAUGCUGAGGCCCGGGGCGUCCGAGAUCAUGAGAGCCUGUAGCCACCAGUGUUUCAAGAGGAGCCCUGCCCCGUUCCUGCUGCUGUCUGGGUGCUACUGGGGAAACUGGCCACGGCCUCAAACUGGGAACCCUCUCCCGUCCCACCCCACCCGCUCUCCCCCUCCACUUGUUCCCCACUAUGAGCCCGGCCCCUGGAGCUUGAUCUGGCCCUCACCUCCGGGUCCCCAGUCUGCUGUGUCUUCAGCUCCCUGGGGGACACGAGGCUGUUGUGCUCCAUGCUGCUUGAAGCUGUUUCCCAGGGCUCCUGUUCCGCCUGACCCCCUCCUCCUCUCCCAUAGACAUUCUGGUGGCUUUGGGUAGGCGUGGAAAGGGUGGAGCAUAAACAGCAGGGUGGGCUUCAGGCUGGGGGUGUUGGGGGCCAGAAGGCAGCGUCCUGGGCUUCUGUCCCCAGUCCCACACGUCUUUCCCAGCUGCCGAGAUUCAGGGAAAGUGGGACCGCCUGUGGGGGAGGGGCUCCAUCCCGUAAGUCCUCCGAGAUUGACCUCACCCAGUCUUCUGCUGAUGAUCCAAGGGUUCUGGGGGUUUGGUUAUCAUCAAAAGAUUUUGGGGCUUCCUGAGAUCUGAAGGGUCGGCUUCCCCCGUGUGGGUAGGAGUGUCGAGUGUCUGCCUCCUUUAUAGAGCUCUGGGGCCAGAGAUGGGGUGCCCUGGGGAAACUCCCAGCUGCCCUGUCCCCUUUCCCACAGUACUCAAGGCCAGCCUACAGUUACAUACACCACCCAGAUGUAAAGGAAGAGACAAAUUUUUUAGGAAAUGUUUUUAAUAAAAGAAAAUUACAAAAAAAAUUUGAAGGCCCCCUAACCCUUUGUGUGCUCCCUGUCCUGCUCCUUCCUUCCCCAUGCUGCCCCCAUUUCUGAGGUGCACUGGGAGGCUCCCCUUCUGUGUGGGGCUGGAUGACUCUUUGUAGCUGGGGCUUUGGUGUUUCUUCUGGUGUCAUUUCCUACCCACAUACCCUUACCUGGUCCGUUGGUAUUUUCACCAGAUCUGGUUUGUAAACUCACUGAGACAACAGAGUGAGUACCCGCUCCCAGCCUCUUCCUAGUGGUUUCCUGCCGCUCUGUCUUCUGUCUGUUAUCCCUGCCCCUCUCCCUUGGGCUCUGAUGAAAAAUUGCUGACUGUAGCUUUGGAACUUUAGCUCUGAGAACUAUAGAUAAAUUCAGUUCUAGGAAAAUAAAACCUGUUGAUUACUA